CCUCACCACCUCACUUACACUAUAAGUAUUCUUCAAAUCUCCACCUGUCCAUAACACUAACAAAAGGAAUAGUUGGUGCAAAUUGCUGCUACAUAGCGCUCUAGCUUUUGUUCUCUCUUUUUCACCGUUUGGAUACUUUUAGUUUUGCUUUAUUUGCUUAUUGCUUUUUCAAUCAAGAUUUACGAGGAAGCUUUUGUAAGCAGAAUCCAUCAAUGGAGGAAACUCAUAUGAUUGACAGCGAGACAUUCGCAUUCCAGGCUGAGAUCAAUCAGCUUCUCAGCCUCAUCAUCAACACCUUCUACAGCAACAAAGAAAUCUUCCUUCGUGAGCUCAUUAGCAAUUCCUCUGAUGCACUGGACAAAAUCAGGUUUGAGAGCUUGACUGAUAAGAGCAAGCUUGAUACUCAGCCUGAGCUUUUUAUCAAGAUAGCCCCUGACAAGGUCAACAAGACCCUAUCAAUCAUUGACAGUGGUGUCGGUAUGACCAAAGCAGAUUUGGUGAACAAUUUGGGGACUAUAGCAAGGUCUGGAACUAAGGAGUUUAUGGAGGCCCUGCAGGCUGGGGCUGAUGUGAGCAUGAUUGGUCAGUUCGGUGUUGGUUUCUAUUCUUCUUAUCUGGUUGCUGAGAAAGUUAUUGUCACAACCAAGCACAAUGAUGAUGACCAGUAUGUUUGGGAGUCUCAGGCUGGUGGUUCUUUCACUGUCACCAAGGAUGUCAAUGGAGAGCCAUUGGGCAGAGGAACCAAGAUUACCCUAUUCCUCAAGGAAGACCAGUUGGAGUUCUUGGAGGAGAGGAGACUGAAGGACCUUGUGAAGAAGCAUUCUGAAUUUAUCAGCUACCCCAUUUAUCUCUGGACUGAGAAAACCAUUGAGAAGGAGAUCAGCGACGAUGAGGAUGAGGAAGCUAAGAAGGAAGAGGAGGGUGACGUUCAGGAUGUUGACGAGGACAAAGAAAAGAAGCCCAAGAAGAAGAAGGUCAAGGAGGUGACUCAUGAGUGGGAACUCAUCAACAGGCAGAAACCAAUUUGGUUGAGAAAGCCCGAGGAGAUCUCAAAGGAGGAGUAUUCAUCUUUCUACAAGAGCCUUACCAAUGACUGGGAGGAUCCACUUGCAUGGAAGCACUUCUCUGUUGAAGGGCAGCUGGAAUUUAAGGCCAUCCUUUUCGUUCCAAAGCGAGCUCCAUUUGAUCUUUUUGAUACCAGGAAAAAGAUGAACAACAUCAAGCUCUAUGUCCGCAGGGUGUUUAUCACGGACAAUUAUGAGGAACUGAUCCCUGAGUAUCUUGGAUUCGUGAAGGGUGUUGUGGAUUCGGAUGAUCUCCCGCUCAAUAUCUCUCGUGAAAUGCUACAGCAGAACAAGAUUCUCAAGGUGAUCAGGAAGAAUUUGGUUAAGAAGUGCAUUGAGCUGUUCAAUGAGAUCGCCGAAAACAAAGAGGACUAUGCCAAAUUCUAUGAGGCUUUUGCUAAGAAUAUUAAGCUGGGCAUUCAUGAAGAUAGCCAGAAUAGGGCAAAGUUAGCUGAUCUUCUCAGGUACUAUUCAACCAAGAGUGGUGACGAAAUGACCAGCUUGAAGGACUAUGUUACAAGGAUGAAAGAGGGCCAGAAGGGCAUCUACUACAUAAGUGGUGAAAGCAAGAAAGCAGUUGAGAAUUCUCCAUUUCUGGAAAGGCUCAAGAAGAAAGAUUAUGAAGUGCUCUUCAUGGUUGAUGCCAUAGAUGAAUAUGCUGUGGGGCAACUGAAAGAAUAUGAUGGGAAGAAACUCGUAUCUGCAACCAAGGAAGGGCUUAAGCUGGAUGAGGAGUCCGAGGAGGAGCAGAAGAAAAAGGAGGAAAAGAGGAAAUCAUUUGAGAACUUGUGCAAGACCAUGAAAGACAUUCUAGGAGAUAGGGUGGAGAAGGUGGUGGUAUCCGAGAGAAUUGUAAACUCCCCUUGUUGCUUGGUGACUGGCGAAUAUGGUUGGACAGCCAACAUGGAAAGAAUCAUGAAAGCUCAAGCCUUGAGGGACACCAGUAUGAGCGCUUACAUGUCCAGCAAGAAGACAAUGGAAAUCAAUCCUGACAAUGGAAUCAUAGAGGAGCUCAGGAAGAGGGCUGAAGUUGAUAAGAAUGAUAAGUCUGUAAAGGACCUGGUCCUCCUCCUCUACGAGACUGCCCUACUGACUUCUGGUUUUAGCCUAGAUGAUCCGAACACCUUUGCCUCAAGAAUUCACAGGAUGCUGAAACUGGGUCUGAGCAUUGAAGAUGAGACGGGAGACGAUGAUGCAGAUAUGCCACCACUGGAGGAGGCUGGGAAUGAGGAGAGCAAGAUGGAGGAAGUUGACUGAGAAGAGAGAGGCACAGUAAAGGCAGCAUUGAAUGUCUACACGGUCACUUUAUAAACUUUUCUGGUAUUAAGGAGUGUAGUAUGUUAUUUGCCUUGGUUCUGGUUUGUAGCUUUUUCAGGUGGUGUUUUCUAAUACCGAAAGAAAAUAUCAGUGACAUAUGAGGUCAGAUCUUGUAUAAAAGUUUUCUGAUAUUAAGGAGUGCAAUAGAUUAGAUA